AUGUCACGUCAACUGUGUUUCGCAUUUAAUUCUGAGCUACUGGAGGACCAUGGCCAAGAGCAAAAUUUUGAGAUGGCCAAAGCGAAAGUUUAUGCUUCUUCCGCUGCUGAGGUUGAUCCAGGUUCGAAAAAAAUAAUGUUUACAUCCGACGUGUGUCCGGAAAUGACACACAUGGUGAUUAAAGCCAAGACAGAUUUCCCAGAUUUAUGGCCCCAUACGAUUGAUGAGUACAGUGUGGCCGAAUUAAUAUUCAAAUUGAAGUCUGAAUGUCUGGCCCUUGCGAUGGAAAAUGAAAAUCUCAGAAAAACGUUUCCGGAUCGGCAGAAUAACCCUGAACGGGCCAUGACCCAACACAACCAACCUUUACACACCGCCUGGAAGUAUCUGAUUAACGGCACUUGCACUCCACUACUACCAAAAGAGUGCCGCUCGGAAUCUCCCGCCAACACCGUGCCCUCUGCCACCUCUUAUGCUGAUUUCAGGCAACAGGAGCAGCAGCAGCCGUUGACCUCGCGCAUCGUAGAGCACAACUACUCUACCUCGCUCGUUGGCGGCGGUGGCGGCAUUCCGGCAUCAGCAGCGGCUCCCGGAAUGAACACAAUUCUCGAAUAUGUGGAAGGCAACAAGCCUGAAGUCAGCCAGUUGGCGAUGCCCACCCUCACUGUGAAUCUACGCGAUCGCGUGGAUAGAAUUUGCCAACUGUUCGCCGAAGGGGACAAUAGCAGCAGUUUUCUCACGGUACCGACAUCUGCAGCAGCAGCAGCAGCACCACCACCACCU